AUGACUAUCACCCCAGUCCAGACAAAAAUCGUACAUGUGCCUCAUCUCGGUGGCAUCUCCGCAAGCACCUACAUGCCUCACCCCUACAACCCUUCCAAACCCACCCUUGUUCUCUGCAACUCCUUCGGCACCAGUGCAGACCUCUACCGCCACCAAUAUGCAAACACCGAGUUGAACAACCUAGUGAACCUGCUGGCUAUCGAAUUGCUGGGCCAUGGACAGACUAGAGCAAAGACCGAGAACUUUACCUACUGGGACAGUGCGGUGAUGAAUUUGCAGGUUCUGGAUGAAUUGGAGAUCAAAGGCAAGGUUUUUGUCUUGGGAACUAGUCAGGGUGGUUGGCAGACUGUAAGAAUGGCUCUGUUAGCACCCGAGAGGGUCGCCGGAAUCAUCCCUCUCGGCACUUCAAUGGACACUGAAAACGAACGAACAGUCAAACUAGGCUGCUGGGAUGCAAAGCAAAACGUUACCCCUUCAAUCGAAGGAUGGACAAGCAACGAAAGCACUCCCGACUUUAAGCCUGCAGAUGAUUUCUGCCAUUUCAUGAACCAGACUGGCUUUGGCAAGGACAUCCCAUCCGAAGAUGGCGAAUUCUGGGUCAAGGCUAUCCAGAAGAAUUGGGGCGGUGAUGGUGGCCGCAGACGCGCGAGAAUGUCUGCCAUCAAUCUGCGUGACAGAGACGGUCUGCAUGGCAGACUCUUUGAUGUGCGGGCCCCUGUACUAUGGCUACACGGAGAUCAAGAUGUGGUGUACAGCGUCGAGAAUGCAAAGGAGGAGAUCAAGCUCUUCGUCAACAGUCCAGAUGCAAAGUUGCAGGUGAUCGAGGGUGGGCCCCAUUACCUGAAUUAUACCAAGGCUAAGGAAGUUGAUGCUGCCUUGGUGAGUUUCUUGAACAAAUACGCCAAGCAGGCCAAAUUGUAA